UUAAAUACCCCAACUUCCGAGCUAGGGUUGGAGUGAUUUUGGAUAAUAUCAUUCAACUUUCUUCCUCUGGUUGAUCUCAAGGAUUCCAUUUCCACGGGCAAAGUACUUUAUAGGGAAUUUGAUGUCUACGAACAAGGUGGUGCUACUCUGUAGAUUAGGAGGCGAAUUCAUUUGGGAAUCCGAUAACGUUUAUUACAAGGGAGGCACAAACCGGAUUGUUCGUGUUGAACGAGCGAUCAAUUACCUCAAUCUUUUAUGCAAAGUGCGUGGGAUUUGCAUGUUGACCGACAUUACCAGCAUCCAGUAUAAAUAUCCUGGUCUAGAUUUGGAUUCACUUGUGUCAAUUGAGAAUGAUGACGAUAUUUCAAAUAUGAUGGAUGCAUUUCCUCAAAGCAACGAGCCUAUUCAGCUCUUUGUUUUGUGUGCCCAAAACCCUUCAAUCCCCAUUGCAAUACCCAGUAAUCUGAUGCAGAAUGCUGGUACUGGAAAUGCUCAACCACCAUUGCAGGAUUUACAUGGAGGUUAUAAAGCACUUGCAUCUUCUUCGCAUAAUGUUGAUGCCAAUAAACAUGAUGUUCCAAGUGCAUCAAAUGGUUUGAUUAAUCCUGUCAACAACAUGCAGAAAGUGAUGCCGGUUUUAAAAGAAGGCCAAGAAUUUGAAAAUGCAAAUGCUUUCCACGAGGCUUUAAGGGAGUACGCCAUACGUUCAAAUUUCCAAUACAGGCGAACAAGGUCAGGCCAUGGUCGUUUUCAGGCAAAAUGCAUUAAAUAUGAUUGCUUAUGGUGUAUACGUGCAUGUAAGGUUCCUGACAAGCCUACAUUCAAGAUAAAAUUCUUGAAGGAAACCCAUACUUGUAAUGCCGCAAAUGAGCCAACAAUGUCAAACACAGAGACGCAUCGACAAGCCGGUAGGAAAUGGAUUGCAACUUUGGUCAAGGAUCGACUCCGAAAAAAUUUGGAUUGUACACCCAAAGAUAUCGUUGAUGAGAUUAGUCGAGAAUACAAGAUCAAAGUAAGUUACGAUAAAGCUUGGAGAGGUAAAGAAUUGGCACUAAAAGAGAUGCACUUUGAACUAUCCUAUCCAGAUCUUAGGAUGCUUUGCAAGGAUAUUGAGAAGACAAAUCCAGGAAGCACGACAAAGCUUAGCAGGUCAUCUGACAACUCAUUGAGACUUUUUAUUGCAUAUAAAGCUGCAAUUUGUGGUUUCAAGAAAGCAUGCCGACCAGUUGUGAGGCUUGAGCGUAUGAAGAUAGAAGGAGAAUACCCAGGUGAGUGGUUCUUCGCUAGGGCCAUUGAUGCUACCUGCAUUGAUUUCCCACUCUCAUAUGCAUUUGUUGAAUUGGAGAGCAUAGAGAGUUGGAAAUGGUUUUGUGGGGAGUUGAUUCAAGUGUUAGGAAGUAUAUCUGGAUUAACAUUUAUAUCAGAUAGGCAGGAAGGGAUAUUGGAAGAGACUUCAUGGUCCCUUGGAUGUAUGGCGUAAAGAGCUGUGGAAAGCUACCUAUCACUUCUAUAUUGGUAAACUUGUACGUUACAAUGACAAUGACGGAGAAAUUUGAUAGAAGUUUUAAAGAAAGUUGAGAGUGGAAGACAAUCUUCAUCCCUCGUGUUCAAAAAGUUAUUUCUAAAGCAGAUAAAUACUCAGAGCGUUAUUCUGUGUCAGGUAGUGCAGCAGAGUUUGAGGUUCUUGUUAUAGGUGAAGGGGCAUUUAAGGUGGAUAUUCAAAGAGGAGUAGGUUCUUGUUUAUCUUGGCAAAAACAUGGGAACCCUUGUUAACAUGCUAUUGCGGUUAUCCCAUAGUGGAUCUAACAUGUGUGACUACUUUGAUUACUUCAUGGUUGCCGGAUACCAAGAGACAUUCAGAGGUUAUUCAUCCAUUGACAUUUGAGCCUAAGCAGAUGAAGAAGAGAAAAUAUGUAGAUUAUUAAGCCAUUGGGUUCAACCAGGAUGAUGGCGAUGAUAUUAUUGAUGUUUUCCACCUGAUGAACAGAAUUUGUCACACACAACAUGGUGGCUCCCACAGUGCUGGCAUUGCUAAGGAUUCCCGUCUUGGGAUGGAUGUGCCAUGUGUCUUUGGUUCCAUUUGGCAUGCAUCAUAAGCAUUAUGUGGCUAAGAAUGAUAUCAAUUUGGUUAUUUUAUUAUGAUUACUAUUAUGAGGAUGAUGAUGAUGAAUGGUUGACGUUUGGUGUGAACACAAAUUUCCAUGUCAUAAAUUAAUGAUGAACUAUGUAAAUUAAUU